CAGCUCAGUCUGUACACUGUGCUUGGAUGGACAGGCGGUUUUCUGUUUCACUCGAUCUGUGGAAUGUACUUUGUUAAAAACAGCUACAUGCCACGCCAUCUGUUUACACAUUGUAAAUAAAUGGAGUGCAGGAAAAAAAAAGAAAAAAAGGUUUUCUUAUCCACCUAUAAAUAUGAGAAUGCCUGGAGAAGUGGCUACUUACAACUGACCAGCAGCAGGAAUGGAAACUACGAUUUAUGAGCAGGUCUCAAGGAUGGAGAAGGAGAUUCUUUCUGAAAAUUUAUGUUACUACUUUUGGGACUCCAGUAAUCAAACUGCCACAAGCAAGUUCAAAUACUUAUCGACAGAAAUCAGCCACGUGGUCAUGGUGCUCGCGGCUAUUACCUGCUUGAUUGGAUUAUUCACCAACUCCAUUGUCAUCUACAUCACCGGCUUUAAGAUGAAGAAGCAAAAGUCAAGACUCUGGUUCCUGAACUUGGCGGUGGCGGACAUCUUAUUCCUGAUGACCACUCCUAUGAGACUGAUGAUUUUACUAUCAAAGAACUGGACCUUGGGAUCGCAUAUUUGUAAGCUGAGCCAUUUGGCCUACGUGUGCAAUAUAUACUGCAGCGCUUUCCUUAUAACGGCUCUAUCUAUCGAUCGUGUCUUGUCAGUGGCCAAAACCUUGUGGCACCAUAAGAUCUUCUCCCAACGCAUUUGUUUCUGCGUCUGCGCGGCCAUCUGGAUGGUGGCAUUGCCUUUGGGAAUACCAGCUUUAUACUAUAAUAACAUAGACGUGGUUCAGAACGAGACAAAAUGUGCGUUCACCCCGUUUCUCUAUGAUACUUCCAAGAACGAUAGCACCCCGGAAAAAAUACUGUAUAUAAGUUUUGCUUUAGAGGCCAUAAAAACGACAAGCGAGAUUAAUGACGCGUGGGAGGAGCCGGCUGGCUUUGUGAGAUUUCCGCAACACCGGAACCAAUGUAAAGGCAGCAUGUGCUGUGCCGAUGACAUCUCAGUAGCAUUGUAUAAAAAAGGACAGGAUUUUAGUAAUGUGUCGUUUAUUCCAAUAAUAGUCAUUGGAUAUUUCAUACCCCUUUGCGUCAUGAUCUUCUCCAACCUCAUUAUUGUCCUACAAGUAAGACAAUCCCAUUGUAUAAAUCCCACAAAACUCUACAAAUGUAUUGUUAUACUUAUCGGGGCUUUUGUGCUAACUAAAACACCGUUUGCUGUCGCUAAGAUGAUUUAUUUGAAAGCCGUUUACGACAUGGACAUAUCAUUUCUGAAAUACAUGCGUGGCAUACGGAUUAUUCUGUUUGUGAUAGCGAAUUUAAACAGCUGUUUGAAUCCGGUAUUGUUUGUGCUAGUGGGCAGCAAAGCCAAAGGUCUAAUAAUUAGCUCUGUAUUCCAGAAGAGGACACUUUCAUCAAGUUUCAAAAGAUCAAAUAAAUCUGUAGACAAAUAAUAAUCUAUAAAGUGUUUAACCACUUCAAUACCGGGCCUAUUCUGGCACUUCUCUUCUACAUGUACAAAUCAUUAUUCUUUU